AUGUUUACGCCAAACCCGCGUAGCCGCAAGUCGCUGCGCGAUGCGGGCAAUGCGACUCCAUCUGGAGACACAACAUUGACGGGGCUCCAACGUCUUCCAAGCCACACUCUAUACCCACUUACACCCGGUCGUUUUACUACUGCAGCGACCCCAUCGCGGUCCGUUUCUCGUUUCACGCCUCGUGGUCGACCUGCAAUAGCGCCUUCUACACCCUACGGCCGGAAUGCGCGCCAGCAGCGAGCAGCAAACACGCCUGGUCGUGACCGGCGUAGGAGUGGCCGCAUUCAACGCGAAACGACCUUUGAUAUAUUAAGAAACCUUGGUAGAGCGCUUGCCCCCGCAACUGAGCCGAUUCUUUCGUCCCCUGAAGAAGUGAUCAAACCCCAACCGAAACCCAGAGAUGAGAUCGAGGAGCUGGAUGAGGAGUCGGAAAUCGAGGCACCCGAGUUGACUCUGCCCAUUCAGGAGGUGGAGGGGAGUGAAGAAGGAAGUACUGCACGAAGCCCGCCUCGAUUGUCUCUCCCUUUUGACGAUGACGAUAUUACCGUCGAGUACCCCAGGAGAGAUAUCAGCAUUCGAGACCAGGAACGAUUGUCGAUAAUGAGUCGCAAUUUCGGAAGACCAAGCGAUGUUUUUGGAGAUAAUCAGUCCGACAGUGAUGCUGAUGAGGGGGAUGAGACGGGCAUUGUGGAAGACGAUGGUGGGGAAGAUACUAUGAUCAGCGGAGGUGAUUUUGAUCGCGGUGGAGAAACAGCGGAUUUGGGACGAUUCAAUCUUGUGAUGGAUUUCCCAUCCCCAGGUGCAAUGCCAGUUGAAGAUGACAUGGGAGACAAUCUCGAUGAAACGGACGGAUUCGAGUUGGACGCGGGUGACAUUCAACCCGUGCCCGCUUCGCCUUCAGCGGACGAGAACGCCGAUGCAAUCGGUGAUUUUGGUUUCGAUUUCCCACCUGCUCCCUCCUCAAGCGUGAUCUCGGGGAUUGCCGGAGGUGGCCUGCGGGAUGAUGGGCCAUCCGUGCAGAGCAAAGAAAAGAAAAUCUCCCGUCAUGGAAUUCCUGUGCCUAAUCUGCCAAAGGGGGUUGUCAAGAAAUUGGCCAUGCGUUUCUCAGGUACGAAGGCUGGGUCAAAGGCGAAGAUCAACAAGGCUGCGCUCGAAGCAAUUGAGCAAGCAUCUGCAUGGUAUUUCGAACAAGCAAGCCAGGACUUGGCUGCAUAUUCGAAACACGCAGGAAGGAAGACCAUUGAUGAGAGCGAUGUUGCAACGCUAAUGAGGAGACAACGCCACGUUAACAAAUCCACGACAAUAUUUUCACUGGCUCAGAAGCAUUUGCCUCGGGAGCUUCAGCAAGAUAUGCGACUCGCUAUGCCACCAUGA